UAACGGUCUGAGUUCAACUUCGGCAAAUUUGUAUCGUUUUAACGAACGUCUUGACGAAAGCGUAGAUUAUAAUCAACACCAGCAUAACGAACGUGAUCUAGCCAUGGAUUUAAUUAAUCCCUAUAUGCGGCAUCAUACAUUUGCCGCGGCAGCCGCAUCUCAGAAUUCUUCACCCGGCCCUGUUGGCCUUUUGAAUCGCAGUCCACCGCUACAUCAUCACAGUAAUCAUUUGGCGAACGGGUUUCCCGAUCCCACACAAAUGGACUAUCAAAAUCAGCUACUGGACUAUCACAAUGCCGCCGCUGCAGCAGCCUAUGCGGCGAACAACAACAAUCAUCCUUUAAUGUUACUCAAAAAUAACAAUGCCUCAUCCGACAAAUUACACAUGGAACCAAAGUCACCUCGAUCACCUGAGGAUUCGUCGACACCUCCACCCCACAGCGGUGCAGAUCAUCAUCAUCAAAAUUCACAAACAUCAUCCCGCCUGCAGUCUGAAUCACCUGAUAAUUGUCACAGCUCGCUAAAUCAAAGAGCACGUUAUGAUAAUAAUUCUAGUCCCGGUGUAGAUAGUUCCAAAUCGUUUUCCGUUAGUCAGCGGUCCAGUGAAGAGGCUGGCAAUAACAGUGAAUCAAGUCCACCGCCAGCUGAUUAUAGUCCCGAAAAUUUAUCAAGUCGUAAAUUUACCUCCUCAAAUACCGGCCAUCCAUUGGGCAUACACAAUAACAACAUUAGUUUAGAUCAUAAAUUGCCUUUAAGUUUUUUGGGUCCACCAUUGGCGGCUCUGCAUUCAAUGACAGAAAUGAAAACGGCAAAUGGUGUUCCAAAUUCGGUUUCAUAUGCGUCGGCCCAAAAUUCACAUUUAAUGUCGGAAAAUCGCAUCACAUCGUCUUCGUCAUCAACAUCGUCGUCGAACAGUACAACAACAAAUACCCAAAGUCAGGGUACAGCAAAUCCACAUGGUAUCGAUACGAUAUUGUCGAAACCGCCACCAGUGACGUCGGCGGGAUUAAGUGCUUUAACCGGAGGUGGCAUACCACGUUUCUCAAUAGCAGCUGCUGCGGCGGGCAUGGCACAAUAUUUGUCACAAAAUCAAGGUACUCCACUGAAACCUCAUGGCGCUCAUAUGGUUGAAAGAACGCAUUUGUAUUGGCCCGGUUUGCAGGGAUUGGUCGCCAAUCCAAUGGCGUGGAGAGAACGAUUAUCGAAUACAAUGUCCGCCAAUUUAUCACAAUCCCAUCAACAUCAUCAGUCAAAUGAUAAGGAUGGCAAAAAGAAACACACCCGCCCAACAUUUAGUGGUCAACAAAUUUUUGCACUGGAAAAGACAUUCGAACAAACCAAAUAUCUGGCAGGACCAGAAAGAGCUAAACUAGCAUACGCCUUAGGAAUGACUGAAUCACAAGUUAAGGUUUGGUUUCAAAAUCGUCGCACCAAAUGGCGUAAACGUCAUGCUGCUGAAAUGGCCACGGCCAAGCGUAAACAGGACGAUAUUGGUGGCGACAAUGGUGACGAUUGCAGCGAACCCAUGGACAGUGAUAAUGAAAGUUUAGACAUCGAUGAAAAUCCGGCUCAGAGGAAACGAAAUCGCAUGGAAGACAAUUAUCGCCAUUAGUUGUGCCC